UAUAAAUUUUGUAAUAUAUUUUAUAAGAGUGUGGCGGGUUGGGUAGAGUUGUGGUCGGUCUAAACAGUUCCAGCACUCUUCCUUUCACAGAGUUACCCUAGUGGUUGCGGUGCUGCCCUCACCCUCCAUCAUCUUAAUCGGUAAAACAUGGCUCCCCGUAAAGGAAAAGUUCAGAAGGAGGAGGUGCAAGUCCAGCUUGGCCCACAAGUGCUUGAUGGGGAAAAAGUAUUUGCUGUGUGUCACAUUUAUGCCAGCUACAACGACACAUUUGUACACGUGACUGAUCUGUCUGGCCGUGAAACCAUUGUCCGCAUCACUGGAGGACAGAAAGUGAAGGCAGAUCGUGACGAGUCUUCGCCUUAUGCUGCUAUGUUGGCUGCUCAGGAUGUUGCAGAGAAAUGUAAAUCCCUGGGUAUCAAUUGCUUGCACAUUAAGAUCCGUGCCACUGGUGGCAACAAGACAAAGACUCCGGGACCUGGAGGGCAGUCUGCAUUACGAGCUUUAGCCCGUGCUGGCAUGAAGAUUGGUCGCAUUGAGGAUGUUACUCCAGUGCCCUCUGACAGUACACGCAGGAAGGGAGGUCGCCGUGGUAGGCGUCUGUAGUUCUAUUGCUAAAAUAAAUUUCAUCAUAUA